AUGGCCAAAAGGAUGGAUCAAGUGGUCUGGGUGCCGGAGCCCAAAGAGGGCUUCAUACUGGCCACAAUUGUAGAUCUAGGAAUGGACGAGGUCACCGUACAACCUGUGGGAACAUCAAAAGCUCAAUUUACACUGCCUCUGGAUCGCAUGUAUACAGCCAAUCCUCAUUUUGACGAUAAGGAUGUCGAUGACAAUUGUUCUUUGAUGCAUUUAAACGAAGCCACAUUAUUAAACAAUGUUAAAAAAAGAUACUCAAAGGAUAAGAUUUAUACCUAUGUUGCUAACAUAUUGAUAUCGGUCAAUCCAUACAUAGAAAUCAAAAAUCUUUAUUCAACUGAUGUUAUGCAGAAGUAUAAAGGAAAAUCUCUUGGCGUUUUACCUCCACAUAUAUUUGCGAUUGCUGAUAAAUCAUUCCGGGAUAUGAAAGUACUUAAGCAAUCACAGUCUGUUAUUGUGUCUGGUGAAUCGGGAGCUGGGAAAACAGAAUCUACAAAACAUUUAUUACGAUACCUAUGCUACCAGUGGGGAUCUUCUAAUGGACCAGCAGCUGAUCAAAACAUUUUAGAUGCAAAUCCUGUCUUAGAAGCUUUUGGGAAUGCUAAGACAACACGUAACAAUAAUUCAUCAAGAUUUGGAAAAUUUAUGGAAGUUCAUUUUGAUAGUUCAUGUUCUGUUGUUGGAGGAUAUAUCAGUCAUUAUCUUCUAGAAAAAUCUAGAGUUUGUAUUCAAAGCUCAGAAGAACGUAACUACCACGUAUUUUAUUUGCUGUGUGCUGGAGCUCCACCUGAUUUACGUGGUAAAUUAUCACUUGACAAUCCUGAUGCUUUUAAUUAUUUGAGAAAAGGCUGUACUCAAUAUUUUACUAACAACCAAACUAGUAAAAAAUUGGAAAAUGAUCAAAAGAGUAAACUUCAAAAUAAACAAGGGGGUCUUAGAGAUCCAAUGUUAGAUGAUGUCAAAGGAUUUUCUACAAUGGAUGAAGCUUUGAGUAGACUUGGGCUAUCAAACAAAGAAAGAUGUGACAUCUAUACAAUUGUAGCAGCUGUUUUACAUUUAGGAAAUAUAGAAUUUGAAGAAAACAUUGAAAGCACUAAAGGUGGUUGUAAAGUGACAGAGCAAACUGAAAGUAGUUUGUCUGUAGUUGCCAAAUUGCUAUCUGUCGACUUUGACGAGCUCCGACAAGCACUUAUUACUAAAGUAAUGAUGACAAAUCGAGGUGGACUCAAGGGGACCGUAAUUAUGGUACCAUUAAAGCAAUAUGAAGCAAAUAAUGCUAGAGAUGCUCUUUCUAAAGCCAUAUACGGAAAACUAUUUGAUAAUAUUGUCCAUAGGAUAAAUUCAAGUAUACCAUCUAAGGCAUCUAAUUAUUAUAUAGGUGUACUAGAUAUUGCUGGAUUUGAAUAUUUCACUGUUAAUAGUUUUGAACAGUUUUGCAUAAACUACUGUAAUGAAAAACUUCAACAAUUUUUCAAUGAACGCAUACUCAAAGAAGAACAAAUGCUUUAUGAACGUGAAGGCCUAGCUGUAAAAAAAAUUGAAUUUGUUGACAAUCAAGAUUGUAUAGAUUUAAUUGAAUCAAAAAAUGGUGGUAUAUUCAAUUUAUUGGAUGAAGAAUCAAAACUACCAAAACAAAGUUCUGAACAUUUUACUACUGAAGUGCACAAACGUUGGCAGGGGCAUUUCAGACUAGCUUUAGCUAGAGCUUCAAGACUCAAAGCUCAUCGAGAAAUACGAGAUGAUGAAGGCUUUAUGGUUAGACAUUUUGCCGGAGCAGUGUGUUACCGAACUAGCCAAUUCAUUGAUAAAAAUAAUGAUGCGCUCCAUGCAAACUUAGAAGGUCUAGUUCAAGAAAGUAACAAUCCAUUCUUACAAAGUCUAUUUGCUACCAGUACGCAAUGUGCAAACAAAGGAAAGUUGAACUUCAUAAGUGUUGGAUCAAAAUUUAAAAGUCAAUUGGCUGAGCUCAUGGAAAAAUUAAAGAGUACUGGUACAAACUUUGUUAGAUGUAUUAAACCAAAUGACAAAAUGGUGGACCACCUGAUAGAUGGUGGAUCAAUUCUAUCCCAGUUACAGUGUUCUGGCAUGACAAGUGUAUUAGAACUUAUGCAACAAGGUUUUCCAUCACGUGCUCCAUUUCAACAACUAUACGAUAUGUACAAACAGAGACUGCCUCCAAAGCUUGCUCGCUUGGAACCAAGAAUAUUUUCUAAAGCUUUGUUCAGAGCAGUUGGAGUUAAUGAAGGUGAUUACAAGUUUGGUGUAUCAAAAGUAUUUUUUCGACCAGGAAAAUUUGCUGAAUUUGAUGCAAUUAUGCAUUCAGAUCCAGAAAACUUGAAACAAAUGAUCGAAAAGGUGCAGAAAUAUCUGACUACUUUACAUUGGAAACAAUCUCAAUGGUGUGCUUUAUCUGUUAUUAAAUUGAAAAACAAAAUAUUGUAUCGACAAGCAAAUCUUAUAGUAAUUCAAAAAAAUGUGAGAAUGCAUUUAUCAAAAAUGAAACACAGGCCUAGAUAUAUGGGAAUAAAAAAAAUAAACAGUCUGAAAACCAUAUUAAAUGAAAUGGAAACACUGGCAGGACAAAUUAAAAAAGAUAAUGCUCUUUGUGUAUCAGAUGCUCAAAAGUUGCGAAUCGAAUUCGAUUUAGCAAUUAAAAAAAUAAGAAAUAAUGAAAAUAUCAAAGCAGCUGAAAUAAACAAUAUUUAUAAUAAUUUGGUUAAAGCAGCCAAUUCACAAAUGGAGAGUUUAAGAAAGAAAGCUAAUGCCGAAAAAAGUGCUGAAGCUGAAAAACAACGUUUAGCUAAAUUACAAAUUGAAAUGGAAAUAGUUAAGGCCACUAAAGAUAAAGAAGAACAUGCUAAAUUAGAAGACGAACAAAUUAAAAAACAAAAAAUAGAAAUAGAACUGCGUCGUAAAGCAGAAGAAGAAAUACAUAAGAAUGAUAUUUUCUUAACGAAAGAAGAGAUUGAUAAGGCUGCAUUAGCUGAAGCUAAGUUUAGAGAGCAAAUGGAACAAGAGCGACGCGAUCACGAACUUGCUCUACGGUUGGCGCAAGAAACAAAUAGUUUUGUUGAAGAUAUCUCUAAUACCUAUUCAAAGAGAUCUACAAAUAUAGAACAACCACCAGGUAAAUAUGAUUUGUCGAAGUGGAAGUAUUCAGAACUUAGAGACACUAUAAAUACUUCCUGUGAUAUUGAGCUACUAGAGGCUUGUAGAGUAGAAUUUCAUCGACGCCUCAAGGUAUACCACGCUUGGAAAGCAAAGAACAAAAAACGUACUUAUAUGGAUGACAAUGAAAGAGUGCCUCGUUCCAUAAUGGAUACUGCUAAUCAGUCAAAGGGAGUCAAACAUUAUCAGAACACAAAGGCACAGCCAAUAAUUCCUACGAGUAGCCAACGAUAUUUUCGCAUUCCAUUUGUACGCUCAAGUACACCUACCAGAUCACCUGGAUCCGGCGGAGAUCAGCAUCGUGGAUGGUGGUAUGCACACUUUGAUGGGCAAUACGUUGCUAGACAAAUGGAAUUACAUCCUGAUAAACCAGCAAUUUUACUUAAUGCCGGGAAAGAUGAUAUGCAGAUGUGUGAACUAAGUUUGGAUGAAACAGGAUUAACUCGUAAGAGGGGUGCUGAAAUAUUAGAAAAUGAUUUCAAUAAAGAAUGGGAAAAACAUGGUGGAAAAACUUAUACUAGGAAUAAUGUCAGUAAUUAA